UAAUUUCUUACGCAGUUUUCAAAUACAUCAGUAUGAUAUCAUGCACCUAAUCACAUGGUUAAUUUUUUUUAUUUUAUUUUUUAGAAAAGUGCCAUAAACCUCUUUUCAAUAAAUUCUUAGAUUAAGUUAAGGUGGAUUUUACAUAUUAAAAUUAAGUUCCACUUAAAAUGGUGUGAUCCAUACAUACAGAUUUCAUUCAAUAAAAAAAUAUGUUAGAAAAAAAUAUAAAAAAAGAGUUUUCAUAAAGCUCCUCAAAAUUUUAAUAUGUGGUGUAUCUUUGUCUACUUUUUUUAUUUUUUUAGGAAAAUGUAAUGCGUACACCCUUGAGGUUGUAUACAUUUUCAAACAAAGAAAAAAAAAAAAAGUGACAUGAUGGUUUGAUGAUCUGAUAACAAGAGAAAAAUGAGGAGAAAAUGAAAUGUUGAAUAAAUGUAAAAAAAGUAAGAUCAUCUUAUAUGGGGAUCUCUCCAUCUUAAGACUAGGUACCUCAUAGUAGAGAAAUUAUUGAGUGGCUAAGAAGGUCUUAAGGUAGAUCUCAACUCACAUAUUUUAAUAUCAAAAUAUGAAAGGCAAAUGUUAAUUUGUGUCCUCAAGGACACAUGUUAAGGAACUCAUUAUAGAAAUAUAUCUAUCAAAAUUCAUGCAUUCGACUUUUUAAAAAUUAAAAUAUUAUAUUUUUCAAUGCAAAGUUGCUUUUUUUAGAUUCCUUAGCAUGCAUCCUUAGAACACAAGUUAACAUGAUGCAAUAUUUAAAAUAUAAUAGUAUAAAGUUAUUGAAAUAUGAGUAAUGAAUCAUACUUAAGAUAGAGUAGUGAUAUUUGAACAUCUAUUUGAAACAACUCUUGUGACAGCCUCUUUUUUCUCUCUUUUCAUUGGUCAAAAACAAUGGAGAGAAAAAGAAAGAGAGAGAAUAAGAGUAUAAUGUGAGUAUGUAAGAGAAAGUUGUCAAAAAAUUAUCACAAAAUGGUUGUACAAAUAUCAUUUCUCUUUAAGAUAUUUGUGUAAAUUGCUAAGUUUGAGGCAUCAAGUAAUUAUUAUGUAUCUAAAAAUAGAUGUCUCAAUUGUGGAUGUUAUAUGAGUCUUUAUUUAUCAUAUUUGGUUUAUGAUGUACUACUCUUUGUCUCCUCUUAGCAUUAUGUGUCGACUGUCUAUCCUUUGAAAUACUCCUAAAAGGAAGAAGAAACAAAUGACACACAUACAUUAUGUUGUGGUCAUAAAUCACAAUUUGACCUUCAUUAGGUCAAGGUACAUCCACCCUGGAUCCCUGGUCAGUCCAAGUAGGACCUAUAUUGAGCAACUAAAGAAGCCACGUAGAAUUAUAUAGCAAAAGCAAAUUGGUACUGUUCAAUGUAUCCGCUCCCAAAUCAUACAACAAAGUCAAAUUAAUUGUUUGACUCAAGAAACCUUCAUUUUCACCGCCCACUGUUUUUUCCAUGUCCAUUUUAAGGAGGAACAUCUUUUCCAAAAUUCCACAUUCACAAUCCUUCCAUGACAAUUAAUUUCGAUAGGGAAUAUGCACUCAAUCAUGCCUUUAUAGUUAGUUAAUUUGAGUUGAUUUUUGUUAAUACUAAUGAUUCCUUAUAUUUUUGUAUGAAUGAUUUAUUUCCUUUUCCUAUGAAAAUAAAAUCAGAUCAUGUCAUAAGUGCAUCUCGGAUUCAUCAAUCUCCUUUUGUGUUUCAUCUAUACUUUUGUUUUCUUGUUAUCGAAGAAUCCUUUUUAAGUUGGUGGAUAAAGAUAAACAAAGCCUGGAGAGGAAGUUAGCUUCAGCUUUACUACUGACUGACUACGGAGGAAUUGUCAAACAAUGACAAAAUUUUCAAACUUAUUGGUCAAAAUUUAAAUCAAGUUUGGAAAUCAAUACCCAUAUUGAUUCGGAUAUAUUGACUUUGUAUAGAAAAUCAAGAUGGGAAGGGCACCUUGCUGUGACAAAGCAAACGUGAAGAAAGGACCUUGGUCACCAGAAGAAGAUGACAAGCUCAAAUCCUACAUCCAAGAGCAUGGAACCGGUGGUAACUGGAUCACUUUGCCACAAAAGAUUGGUCUUAAGCGAUGUGGCAAAAGUUGUCGGCUGAGGUGGCUAAACUAUCUUCGCCCUAACAUCAAGCACGGUGGUUUCACCGAAGAAGAAGACAACAUCAUUUGCAGCCUUUAUGUUACUAUUGGAAGCAGAUGGUCGGUGAUUGCGGGUCAAUUGCCCGGAAGAACCGAUAAUGAUAUAAAGAACUAUUGGAACACAAAACUGAAAAAGAAGCUUUUUGGGAAGCAUCGUAAAGAACAACAAUUACAAGCACGUAAUAAAUUAUUAGCUAGUGCUAAUCAUGAGAGCAAUGGAAGAAGGAGUGAGAAUUCUUCAUCUAAUUUAAUUUCUGAUCAACAUAUUUUACAACCAUAUUGUUGGCCACAAAAUAUUCAUCCAUCGUUGACCUACACAAACCAAGGUUCUAGUUUCAACGAUCAAGAUUCUAUUAGAAAAUUUCUAAUCAAGCUUGGUGGGAGAUUCUCUAAUGAAGAUGAUGAUUAUUAUCCAUUACAUGAUGGUGGUGUUCUUUCAAGACAACAAGUUCAUGAAGAACAACAAGCAAAUUAUAUUUCUGGUUGCAUCAACUCUAUUAACAACAACCAAAUCUUGCAAUAUUUCUCACAAACUCAAACUAACCAAUAUUGUGUUGAGGGAGUAGCAGGACAAGAAUUGGUACAAGGACAAGGAAGUUUCACUGAAACAACAACAUCUAGUAGUAAUAAUAAUUAUUAUCCACAAAAGUUAAGUGGGUUGGAAUUCAUAUAUGGAGAAGAAAUGGAUGGUACAAUUUGUGGGCAAAGUAGUAACUGGGGUGAGACUGAUCAGAGCAGUAGUAGUAUGAUAUAUCCUUCUCUUGUUGCAUCCAAUUUCCAAGAAGAGAAGCCACAAGAAUGUGUAUUUCAAGAGUUGAGUACUUACCCUAGCUAGCUAGGGAGCUAUAACUAUAUUAUAUGUAUGGCAUCAUGUACAUUACUAUCAUCUAUAUUGCUGAGUUGGGAUUAUACAAUAACAAUUUGUAGAAGGAAAAAAAAAGCUUGCAUUAUAAUUUGAUUCCCAUAUAUGUUAUAAACUUUAGCUAGAUAUAUGUAAUUAACUAGAGAUAUAUAGAAUUUGUGUGCUGUUUAAGACUUUUUCAUGUGCUAAAUAUAAUCGUUGUCAAUGCAGUA